CAGCCGCCGCCUCACACAUCGCCAUCACCUGCUUCUUUCUUUGCUCCCCGACACAAAAUGAAGCGAGGAAAACAAGCCGGAUCAUCUGGCUUUGGUGGAUUUGGCGGCCAUGGCUCCCAGAGCUCGCUGUCUUAUCUUGCAGAGCCGCCGUCGUUCAACUCGAUUUCCAACCCCAACAUCGUCGUCUCUCUCAAAAAUGUCCUGAAGAAGGACAGCACGACGAAGACAAAAGCUCUCGAAGACGUUCUUGCUUACGUACAAGCCCACCCAUUCGAACAAAAUGGUGGUGUAGAGGAGGGUAUCCUUGAUGUCUGGGAACAUUUAUAUCCCAGAGCAUCGAUAGAUAACGCUCGUAGAGUUCGCGAACUCUCACAUAUACUGCAAUUCGAACUCAUGAAAUCGGCGCGAAAGCGCAUGGAGCGACGCAUUCCCAAUCUUGUUGGCGCCUGGCUAGCCGGACUUUUUGACCGAGACAGAGUGGUUGCUAGAGCUGCAAAUGAUGGAUUGUCGUCGUUCCUAACAACUCCUGAAAAGACUAACGGAUUCUGGAAGAAGUGCCAAUCGCAAAUUUUAACCUUUGCCUCGGAAGCGAUACAAGAGACAGCCGAUACACUGAGCGACGAUCGAUCGACGACAAAAGAGGAUGCCGAUGCUAAAUACUUCCGGGUGAUUAACGCGAGUCUGUCAUUAGUUCUAAACCUGUUGCACAGAAUAGAUGAUAAUGAAUUGGGAAAGGCAGAAGCAGAGUAUGAACAGUUCUUCUCCUCCCCCGCCAUUUGGAAGUCCAUCACACUUAUGGAUGCUGCGGUGCGGAGGACAACGAGCCAGCUGCUUCUACUAUGCCUAAAGAAAAACCUAAGCUAUGCUGAUACGGCCGAUUGUCGCAACGCCUUCAUUACGGGAGGCUUGAAGACUUCACAAACUGGGUCUGCCGUCGAAUACUUGACCGCUCUUGUCGUCUUGACAAGCACCAAGCCUGACAUCUGGAAUCCCGCAGCGAAAAGCAAAAAGUCGCCACUCGAACGCCUCGAAGCUUUCAUCACAAAAGGUUCCCAAGGCAGUAGAUCGGGCUAUUGGGAAGCCUUGGCGAAACUCUUGUCUGUCAUUCCCAAAGAUGCGUAUGUUGCCAGUACAAGCACAAAUAUGCCAGACGCUAUUCGACAAGGCCUUCAAAAUCGAGAAGAACCCUAUACAAAUAAUGCGCCUGCAUGGAAAUGCUAUACAGAAUCUAUUUCUCGCGAGCUUUCCCGACUGGAUGCAGACCAAGCUCCUAGCUUUGCAACAUCACAGAUUUUCCCUCUAUUUGAGCACUACAUCUUUCCUGUUGCUGGCAAAAAUACAUCUGGAGCUGGUGUGAUCUCUGUCGCAGGCCUCAAAGAUUUGUAUGUAUCAUACAGCAGCCACAGCACUACCGCCAGUGCUUCCUCAAAGCAAGAGUGGGAACGGCUAGGUGAGAUGAUGUGUGCCAAACUGUCAGCGUCUCUUCCUGGUGUUUCGCGUGAAUAUCAGAGCUCCCAGGAAUUGGUGGGAGAAGAGGGCAAACGAUGGCUCCAAUUGGACAGUGAGAUACACAAGGCGAUUAGUGUAGAGUCACAGGAGAUCCAAGAUUUCCUCUCGCCUCAGUCCUCCAAAAUUGUCGCGCAUUCAAUGGUUCUCCUGGAGAGUCGCAACAUGAAGCCCUUUGGAGCUGCCAGAAUCCUCGCAAGCGCGCUCCAAUUGACACCUCACAUAUUCCACGACGAGCUUGGCACUAGAAUAUGCGGCUUUCUCGAAGAGGCAGCAAACGAACAUAUCGAUCGAGUAGUUGAGUCCCCAUCGGCGUCCACGCUGCAGGCUUGUGUCAAUGCAAUUGGAACGAUAGACCCGAUAAAGUCACGAUUUGAUACUAUAUGGGAUCUUUGGGUGAAGGCGUCCCUUUCUCUGCCUCCCAGCAAUGAGCGAGCCAAGAUGUUAGGGUUACUCGUGGCGCAUGAUACUGUGAGCGAACGUGUGCGACAGUCCACGACUCUGCAAGCCGAGAUUAUUAGCCAAGGAAGGGCACUUGCGACAGGCCAGUCUGAUAGCUGGGGAUUAUUCACUCCUGCAAUUAGUCACAAUGGCCUAGACAAGUCCUCAGCAACAACGUUGACCACCGAAGUCACCCAGCUCAUCGAGGAGAAGCCGUCUGAAAGAGCGCUUGAAGUUCUAGAACUCAUUAUUAGAAGUAUGCCCGAGCUGCUCUCUGAAAACGAGGAUCUUCACACGACUUUGGUGACGCAGCUACUCGCGUUGUCCGAUCUGAAUGAAAGAUCUCCAUUGUCAGCCAAGGCCGCCAUGAUUCGAUCUAUGAUGGAAAACCAUAACGACGGACAGCUACCACUUGUCGGCAUAAUUCACGGCAAUCUUGACCACGCGAAUCCUCAGUCUCUCACUAUUGACACACUGAUCAAACAGGCCAAAAGCGCAACGGAAAAUGGAACGCCCCUCGAAGAACUCUUCCCAAGUACAAACGUUUGGAUGCAAGAAAUCACCGCGUUCACAUCACUCCCCAUCAACCCAUCAUUGACAAUCACAAAUAGCCUCCAGGGCGCCGCAACUCUCGGUCAGGCACAAGACUCACAUUCCCUCGGUUCUAUACCCCGAGUUGAGCGAGACAGGAAGGGCCGCUCGAUUCCCGUACGCAUGGCUCUCUAUUCCACCGCUCUGUGCAGUGGUGAUGUAGAGAUCUUCCAGCUUCCAACCGAAUUCCUGGUUGAACUGUUGUACCUCAAGUGUAUCACUAUUCAGCUCGCCACAGAUCAACUGACCGCGCUCGAUAACCACGGUUUAUGGACCGAUAUGCAAAGUCCAGCGACAUGUGAUGAAGCCGAAGGCCUUGUUACCACGCUACGGUCACAAAUUCGGCAAUAUGCAGUAGCGUCCGAAUGGUGGCAAAGCACCAACAAUAAUCCUGACAGCGUUGUUAUGAGAAAGCUGGUGCAGCUGCUCAUCACCGAAUCCAGUUCGCUGGCCCCGCAGUCAGUCUACAGCUCUCGAGCUCUGAGCGAGAUCUUGCAAGCCGUCUCAGAGUGCCCCGGUGCUCCAGCUCUCAUUGAGGAGAACUUUAUUCAGCCUGUUAUGUUGAAGGUUACCCCAGAGUCGACAUUGGUUGCUGCAGCUUUCUUGACUGGUCUAGGUGAAUCAUUGCAGUCGUCGAAACAGAUUAACAACUUCUGUAAUCGUCUGAUUAGUGAUGUAGCGGGCGCCACUGUCGACGGUAGAAAGACGUCCAUGAUUCUGGUUUUGUGCAGUCUUCUUAGCCAUAUCUAUGAGGUGGGCGAGUUGCCUGUUGCUAAUAACCGUAUCGUCUUUGCUGUUCGACAAAUCACAUCCUGGAUGGAGGAACCCGAGGAGAUUGAUGGUCAACUUGCAGCGGAUAUAUGCCGCGCUCUAUUGACUCUCUUGCCUUGUAUGAAGGAUGUUUACGGCUCGUACUGGGAGAAGACGGUUGACUUUUGUCUAUUCCUGUGGAAUGGAGUACAAGAGCACUACCCAGCCGAAGCCUUGCCUUUGAUUCAUUCGUCCCUCAAGCUGUCAAAAAUGUUGGAGAGUAUGACUGAAGCGAAUGAUGAUGCUCUGGAUGCUGUUAAGACGCUGCAAACAGCGAAACCAAAGGCUUUGAUGGAACUUCUUAAGCUCCCUCGUGCAAUCGAUUCUCAACCUGCAGAAAUUGUGGACGCAAUGCUUUGCCGAGAGGUAGAGAAGAUUCCGGACAGAAGCAUCACUGAACUCGAUGAAAUCUUCCCUCUGGUAGCGUCCGAAUCUAAGGAGAUUCAAACGGCAGCUUUCAAUUUGCUUCACCGCGCCAUUCCUCUUCAACAACAACAGCUUUCCGUUGAUGCGCUGUUGGAUAAAACAGAUGCACGUCUCCCAGAUGAGCUGCUUUCAUUGCUUUUGGACGCACCAAACUUCGAGGAUCUUUCAGACGAGGCAUUGUCUCGCUUCCCUGCCUCAGUGCGAUGUUACUUGCUGUCUUGGAAGCUUGUUUUUGAUGCUUUCUCGACAUCGUCUUUUAAAUUGCGUAACGAUUUCAUGGAGAAUCUCAAAGCUGACGGCUGCAUCAACCCGCUUCUGGACUUUUUGUUUGAUGUUUUGGGCCACUCUGCAGCCCAUCCCUUGAAUUUGGAUAAAGAGGGCCUGGGAUCUGAGCAGAUCUACGAAUAUAACGUGAAACUUGCCAGAGCCGAGUCUGAUGAGAAGGAUAUGCAAUGGCUACUGAUUCACCUGUACUAUCUGGUACUAAAGUACACACCGGGUCUAUUCAAAACGUGGUACAUUGACUGCCGUUCCAAGCAAACCCGCAUCGCCGUUGAAAGCUGGACCACAAAGUACUACUCGCCGUUGAUCAUCACCGACACCCUCGAGGAGAUUCAAACAUGGGCAGAUUCCCAAGAGCCACCUGCGAUGGAUGAGCAAGAGCUUCAAAUCAAGGUAUCCAGCGCCGCUCGGGAGGUCACUGCUGGCUACGAAGUCGACGAAGCGCAAGCAUCGAUCGUUAUAAAGAUCCCGUCAAGCUACCCCAUUGAGAAUGUGGUUGUCAACAGCUUACAUCGUGUAGCUGUAUCCGAGAAGAAAUGGCAGAGCUGGAUCAUGACAACUCAGGGUGUUAUUACCUUCUCAAAUGGUAACAUUAUCGAUGGUCUGCAAGUGUUCAAGCGCAACAUUGUUGGUGCUCUCAAGGGCCAGAGCGAGUGUGCUAUUUGCUACAGUAUCAUCUCUACAGACAAGAGAAUGCCUGAUAAGCGUUGCUCUACCUGCAAGAACCUGUUCCACCGAACUUGCUUGUACAAGUGGUUCCAAACCAGCAGUCAGAACACUUGUCCACUCUGCCGAAACCCAAUUGACUAUUUGGGUGCCGACACAGCCAAGAGACGCCAGUAGCGUGUUUAUAUUUAGGAGGAGAGGUAUAUACAUAUAUAUUUAAAAGUAGAUCGUCUAUAGACUUUGCUUAUGAGUGCGCAAUCAUUUAGGGGAGAAGGGGGCGUGGUUGAGCGUCUAUGCAUGGUUAGGAGUUUGUUUCAAAAAUGAAAAGUGUUUUAUAUUUUACUUACAUCUGCUGCCGUAGCUCUUCCACCAUAUGUUACCGUUUUCGUUAUGAUGUCUCGAAACUCGGGAUCAAUUGUCGGCAGAAUCUCAGUCCAAGUCCGGCUGGGGAACACAUUCCACAUCUCAAACGGCGAUACCCGGAAAUUCUUUGCCUCUGGCCAUAUCUCGGGCGUUGGUGUGCCCAAGGUCUUGAAUAUGCUGAGAAUUAGGCCUAGCUGGUUGCCAUCUUCGUGCGCUGGGCGUGAUUCGAACGGCGGCUUGGGAGGAUUUGUGACAGCCUCAGCUAACAUUACGCCCAACGACCACAUAUCUACUGCUGUUGAGUAAGAUUUAUCCACAAAGAGCGUUUCUGGAGAUCGAUAUGGCCCUGUACCAAUGUCGAGAAUCUUGUUGUCGGGGGCCUCAGAGGAUUUUGAAAACUCAGGGUGCCAGGCUGUACCAAAGUCAGAUAGGAGAGCUGGUCCAUCAGCUGACUUGAGGAGGAUGGCAGAUGGUUUGAUGUCGCGAUGUAUUAUACCAAUUGAAUGGAUAUACGAUAGCCCGUUGAGAAUGUCUGUGAAUAUUGUAGUUGUACGGGCUUUUGUGGGUGUUCCAGUUUCUAGCAGUGUCGCAAGCGUGAGAGGCAUAAAGGGGAAGACGAGAACAAGGCGCUGUUCUUCAUCACGAAAAGUAUUGAUGAGUUGAAUGAUGGUUUUAUGGCUGAGAGAAUUGAGGACUUUGAUUUCGCGCUGAGGAUUAUGCGGUUCCAUGUUGUUUGGUGAAGUGAUGACUUUGAGAGCAAAGUUUUCGCUUGUGCGAUAAACCUCUGACGUAACACCAUCUGAUAUAAAUCUGCAAUUGGCGUGUCCUCUAAUUGUUACUCCAGGGUCUUCAUUCUCUGUUUGUUCCGAGUGAAGACUUGGAGGAACUGUAUCUUGUGGUUUGCAUGCUGCAUU